GUUAUGUAAUGUCCGACAGGUCACCUAUGGAGGUGAUUGAGAGCGGGAUCUACUCGCAGGGCAGUGACGUCUUCACGUUCGGACAGCUGUGCUGGGAGGUGUUCCACGCCUACGACGCCGACAAAACCAGCGAGAACAGAAUGCUGGCACCUUACCCGUACUUGCAUGCGUAUGAGGUCCUGCCGUACCUGCAGCGCAGACAGAGACCCCUGCAGCCGUGCCACUGUCCGGACUGGCUGUACCGCCUCAUGAAGCUGUGCUGGCUGGACGAGCGGAGCCGCCGCCCGGGCUUCGACAGGAUAGCGGCCUGCUUCAACAGUCCAUUCGACUCGCCCCUGUUGGACAUCGGCGAUAACGGUACCUACAAGCAACAGGCUCCUGGCGGGAACGAGGAGAGUCUGAAUGCAGCCCUGAACCACCAAGACCGCCACUACUUCCGCCAGGGCUUACUUCAGGGCGAUGCUGACUACACGCGGAAGCACGUCAUUGGGCUUUGGAGCGCCGACAACGUGUCGCAAGGCAGCGCCGAUACAUUUUACACCUUGACGUCAGAGGUUAGCAACCGAACGGACGACCUAACAUCCGUCAGCAGCGACCUAACAUCCGGGACCUGGCAGUCAGCAGAGUCGCGUUCAAGGGCGGGAACCAACAGCACGCAGCUAUCCGACGGCAGCCGACGGUCUGGGAGCUCCACUCCCACGGAAGAUCUCAAUGAAAAGAGAUCUCCAGGGCAAGAAGUCCUGUAUAAUAAUUCGUUCAACAUGGCACCUCUAGUUGUGGAGCUGAACUCCAAGCUGCAAGGGGCACAAACGACCUUAGACGACGAAAGCGAGACAAGCGAUGGCACCAUCUACGAAGACGAAGCAGAAGAGGUAUCAAAAAGAGUUUCUCGCGAGAUGUCUUUCCUAAACCCUUCUUACGAACACAGCGUACCUACAAGAUUUCAGGGAAUGCAGGACGGCAUGACGAUGAGUAGACCUGAAACUCCAGCAUCUGGAGUGGCGGAAGCAACUUCUCCUAACACUGGCGAUAACGGCGAAGGCAAUGGUGACGCGGAUUACUACACGAAGUUAGUUCGUCCUACGCCAGGCAGCACGCAUAGCGUAUCACCACCCCGCCACACAAGCGACGAGAACCAGUUUCCUACGCGGCCUCCCGUGCCACCGCGUCCAUUGGCGAUGACAGCAAGCCGCUACGCAAGCGACAGAGACGACUCAUCGGUUGAGAUGGCAUCGCGGGAGGACACGCCCUCUCCUCCGGUCCCACCACGUGUGUUCUUGAACUCGGAAGCAAUGGAAAACACCCUAGACGACCCACCGUAUGUAGACGUCCGCCUGCGACACAAGGGGAACGAUGCAGUGCCCCCCACCCCCAUACCGCGCCCACUGAGUAUGUGGGACAUCGGCCAGGAUUGGCAAGAGGCAAACAACAGUCCACCGGUACCCUCCAGCGAACGUCCCACCGCCAGGAACGCGCUGUGGACCAGAGUGCCUUCCGACACGUCGCUAUCGUCACAGGCGUCGUCGUCCUUCGGAAGCAGCCAGGAAAGUCUUUUCAUGUCUCCGAAGCAGAGCUCGUCAGGGAAGGGGGUGAAGAGCGCUUUGGCAAGGUUUUAUAAGAAUGGCAAACGUAGUUUAAGGAGAAAGUCUGGCCGUGCGAAGAGUGAGGACCAUGGUGCUGUUGUCAGAACUGAUGCCAGGGCACGAGGCGAGGGGGUGUUUCGCUGCUCUGAAGCUGAGGCGGGAAACCGGGACAGCACUUCCUCAGUCUGUAGUGACUACAGAGACGACAACACGGACGAGAACUCCGACCAGGAGUAUGAUACCAGACUUUAAGUAAUCGCCAUAUUACGAGAUUUUAGACUGAACAUCAAACACGAAGGAAUCGGGCACAAUUAUUGGAUUCCUCUGCAGAUUGAACCUCCUUGCUCCAUUGGAGAGGUCUAGACUUCUAUUAAUUGUAACAAACAUAUACAAGUAUUUCUUUGCUAAUGUAUGGUGUAAAACUAAGGCCUCUACUAUGUAUAGUUAGCAACCGGGGUCAAAUUAAAAUACGGUACAUGUCAGAUACGUGUAUCAGUUAGAUUGUGUUCAUCAGACGCGACCAAUGGAACUUUGCUACCUACCGGCCAAUAAUAGGGGAAAUAUCUGACUUAACAUUGUGUGUGCUUAAUUACUUACUUACUUGUGAUGUUAUGUUUGCGGGGCCAUGUUAUUCAAGUACCGCGGGUUCUCUAGCCAGGACUGAUUUGACCACUAAUGUACUAUCACACUUACAUAAUGAUGGUCCAUUAUUGCACGGAUGGGGAAUUAAGGAAUAGUUCAUUUUUGUUAAGGAUCAUGUGGGAUUAUUUCGGAAUAAAGAUCGUUUGGAACGAUU